GCUGGAGCGGCAGCCUAUAGAAAACACGAGAAAAAUACAGUCAAAGCUGUGUGCAGAUCGCGAACAACAAACUGGUCACUCAUGGCUUCUGCAAUCUCAGCUCCAAUUUCAUAUCUGCGGUCCUCUUCUAAUCAUUCUCCAUCUUUAACCAGCAGCAGUAGGACGCUCACUCUUUGUACACUUUCCAAUUGUUCCAUCUCAGUCUCCCGAAUUGAGCUAUGUAAUUGGGAAGGUCUAAAGCCUUUGGGGAUUCCCGCCUCUCGAAUUUCCAUUAAAAUCGGUAGGAAGAGAAAAUGCAAACAGAGAGUUGUGAGUGCGUCUCUGUUUGGAGUUGGAGCGCCUGAGGCACUAGUGAUUGGAGUAGUAGCUUUGUUGGUGUUUGGUCCCAAGGGUCUUGCUGAGGUCAGCCUAGGUUGCUCGAAAUUUGGGGAGAACAAUACGGGAAUUCCAGCCUACUAUCAAAGAACUCCAGGAUGUAUCGAGGGAGUUUAAGAGCACACUUGAAAAGGAAAUUGGCCUUGAUGACAUAAUAGAUUCAAACCAGAGCGCUAUCAGAUCUGAUAAAUCUACAAGAGUGAGUGGGAACUAUGUGGAUUUACAAAUUAAGACAGAGCCUCCGAAUGGUUCUCCUCAAUCACCAACUGUAGAAUCAAGUGAUUAUAUGAUGAAAGACAGCGAGGAUCAGCAAGCUGAAAUGGCACCCUCCGUUGAAAAUCAAUUAGAGUCCCAAGUGAAAACUGAAGAUGAUUCUUCAUCCUCAACCGAGCAAAGUCAAGUGAAUAACAUAUGAAGAUCUCUGAAGAGCAAGCAGCUGGUGUGAACGCUUGUACCAACUGUAGUGAUGGACCUGAUAGUACUAAUGUACCUCGUAACGUACAUCCAUCCAUGCUACACUAGUUUUUUGGUUCCCAGUUGAAGUUAGAUUGUUAAAUGGUUUUUUUACAGUUCUAAUACUGUCUACUUGAGCUAGCUAACAUGGUUAACAGGCAAGUAGAAUGGAACUGAAGGGUGAGCUGGUUUCAACUUUCAACUAAUGUGUGAUCGCAGAUUUCCCAGGUUUUAGGGAUUGAAAUGGAAUAAAUCCAGAUACAUCAUUUUCUGUAAUGGGGUAGACAUUUCAGG